AUGGCCGACUCUUCGUCGUUCUUCUCGUCGGCCUUCUCGUCCGCCAAGAACCUCAUCCCGUUCGCCAAGAGCGAUAAGCCCGUGGAUGCCGUUGCCGAGGCCGAAGCCAAGGAGGCCAAGGACUCUGCCAUCCAGGAGGCUGUCCAGCAAGCGUCUGCUGCCAUCAACGACGUCUUCACUGAUGCCGUCGAGAAGUUGGACGAGGUGAAGGACGCCGUGGUUGAGAAGGUGGGUCAUCUGACCAACGGAGACGUCAAGAAAGAGGAGGAGGAGGCGUCUGUCGAGGAGAAGAUUGAAGCUGUCCAUGUUGGAGUCGACGGAGAUGCUGCCAAGGCCGAGAAUAAAGCCGAGGAGCACGUCGAGGCUGUUCAUGAGGAGGCUAAGGAGGAGGUCAAGGAGGCUCACGUCGUCGUGAAGGGAGUCUUGGCUGACGGAACUCCAGUUGUUGAGGGAGUUGCUGAGGUUGCUCCACACGCGGAGGAGCACAAAGAGGAGGUUGCUGCUGAUGACCAUGCUCCAGUUGCGGAAGCUGUUCAUGUUGAGGAAGUUGAGGUUGCUCCGGUUAAUGUCGAAGAGCAUCAUACUGAAGCUGCUCCAACCCAUGCUGAGGACCACAAGGAGGAAGCUCCGGCUCAUGCCGAAGAGCACAAGGAAGAAGAAGCUGCUGAGGAAGUCGCUGAAGUUGUUCACGUCGUCGCCGCCGAAGCUUCUCAUGAGCACCACGAGGAAGCUGCUCCGGCUCAUGCCGAGGAGCACAAGGAUGAAGCUGCUCCGGCUCAUGUCGAAGAACACAAAGGAGACGCUGCUGAGGAAGUUGCCGAAGUUGUUCACGUCGCCGCCACCGAAGCUUCUCAUGAGCACCAAGACGAAGCUGCUCCAGCUGCCGAAGAGCCAAAGGAGGACCUCCCAGAAGGGGCCCACAUCGUCUUCAAGGGAGUUCUUGCUGAUGGCACUCACAUCGUCGAAGCAGUCUCUGAGAAUCCACCAGUUCAUCACGAGGAGUCUGCUCCAGCGGUAGCCGUCGCUGAGGAGUCUGCUCCGGCCGUCGUCGUUUCUGAAGAGAUCAGUGAAGCCGUCCAUGUUGCUCCGUCUGAGGCUAAGCCAGCUCAUGAAGAGGUUAAUGCUCAGGAAGAGCACAAGGAGGAGGCCGCCGCUCCAGUUGAAGAGGAUGUUCAAGCCGUUCACGUUGAAGCUGUUCAUGCUGAGCCAGAGGCCGCUGCUGAGGUUGCCGCACAUGCCGACAUUGCUCAUGAGGAGGCCAAAACUGAGGAGCACGAAGAAGAAUCCCACGAGGCUGCUGCAAUUCCAUCAGAACAUCAUGAAGAAGCUCCGCAUGCCGACAUUGUCGAAGAAGUCAUUGAAGCCGUGCACGUCGCUGCCAACGAGUCUGCUCCCGCACCAGCUGAGGAGCACAAACAAGAGGAAGCGCCAUCUUCUGAAGAGCACAAGGAGGAGGCCGCUGCUCAUGAUGAGGAGACUGCUCACGUUGAAGCCGCUGAAGUUGUCGCACCUGCUGACAUUGUUGAAGAAGUCAUCGAAGCCGUCCACGUUGCGGCCAACGACUCUGCUCCAGUUCCAGCUGAGCCAGAGCACAAGGAAGAGGCUGCUCCAGUAGAGCUCCAUGAAGAAGCUCCACAUGUCGACAUUGUCGAAGAAGUGAUCGAAGCCGUCCACGAAGCAGUCAACGAGUCUGCACCGGCUCCAGCUGAGCAUUCCGCAGAGGAACACAAGGAGGAAGCUUCUCCAUCUGAUGUCGUGGAAGAAGUAAUUGAAGCAGUUCACGUAGCCGCGAUCGAAUCCGCUCCAGCCGUAUCAGAGCCAGAGCACAAGGAUGAAGCUGCUCCAGCUGAGCACCAUGGCGAAAUCUCACCUGCCGACAUUGUUCAACAGAUUAUCGAGGCCGCACACGGCGAAGCCAACGAGUCUGCACCAGCUCCGGCUGAGCCAUCCGCAGAGAACCACGACGAGGAGGCCGCUGCUGCUGCUGUUCAAGAUGAUGCUGCUCAUGUUGAAGAGGCUGCUGAAGCCGUUGAGGUUGCCGCUCCAGUAGAGCACCAGGAGGAAGCUUCUCCAGCCGAUGUUGUCGAGGAAGUCAUCGAGGCCGUCCACGUGGCCGCGAUUGAAUCUGCACCAGCCCCAACAGAGCCAGAACACAAAGAAGAGUCUGCUCCAGAAGCCGCUGCUCCGUCUGAUGUCGUUGAAGAAGUCAUUGAAGCAGUCCACGUUGCCGCCGUUGAGUCCGCACCAGCCCCAACAGAGCCAGAGCAUAAGGAUGAAGCCGCACCUGCCGACAUUGUCGAAGAAGUCAUCGAAGCCGUCCAUGUCGCAGUCAACGAGUCUGCUCCAGCUCCGGCUGAAGAGCAGAACGAAGAAGCAGCGCCAUCUUCUGAAGAGCACAAGGAUGAGACCGGUGCUCUAUCCGAACCGGCUCAAGAAUCUGCUCAUGUUGAGGAAGCUGCUCACGUUGAAGCCGCUCCAGUAGAGCACCAUGAAGAAGCUCCACAUGCCGACAUUGUCGAAGAAGUCAUUGAAGCCGUCCACGUCACAGCCAACGAGUCUGUGCCAGAUCCAGCUGAGGAGCACAAAGAAGAAGCUGCUCCAUCUCAAGAUCCGGUUGAAGAGGUCGCCGUUGCCUACCACGUCGAAUCAGUUGCUGACGAGCCACAGGCCGCUCCAGAAGACGUCGCUGCCAGCCCGGAGCCAUCUGCCUUUGAGCACGUGAGCGCCGAAGAUGUGCAGCCAGACUCUGGACGUUCCGUCGAAUCGUACCUACUCCAACAGGAAGCUUCGCCAGAAUCGGGAGGCGAGGAGACAUUCGAGAAGGUCGAACAUUCACAAGUCGAGGCACCCACUUCCGAAGAUCCAUCUUCGGAGCCUGAAAUUGUGGAAGACGUUAUCGAAAAGCAAGUCGUCGCCGCAAUUGCUUCAGCUCCAGUAAGUUUUCGUUUCCGUUUCUGUCUUUUCUAAUGAGAGUCUAGUCUUGGCAAGCUCUUAACAAACCAAUCAUCAUCUCAUCUUUCGUAAACUGCCGCUUCGCAUCUUCAUUCUCUUCCAUCAAAAAGCGAAGAGAAUGUUCAUUUUGUUCAAGUGAAGUGUCCAACCGAAAAAACACCUGACUUCUCUCUUCAUUUCAUUUUCACUUUCACUUUUCAUCUUGACAUAGUUAUGUUUGUUGCGUGGGAGCAACAGCUGCGAGGUCACGAGGGCUCUCUGAGCAAGUGCCACGUAACAUGCCACGUCAUGACAAUCGGGAACAUCAAACAUCGGAGUCCACAAUUGCCCCCCUCUAAACCGAAAAAUGAAAUGGUCGACUGCUGGCUGGCUGGCUGGUGUGGUUUUAAUCGCAAACUAUAGGUAAUUGGAGAGAUGGCAAAAGGGAAGGGGGCAAAAGUGCGGCAUUGCUUGAAACCGGUCCACAUUUCACCCAAUAUAUAUAGAGUGCGGUGAGUAGUGACAACACCUCGGCCGCGUGUCAAGAAAUGUUUUGUUUACCUUUUCAACUUAUCACUCUUGGAACUAGGAAGCUUCAUUCAUCCUCUAGAUUCAUCUGGAACAAAUAUUUUUCCCCCGGAAAUCCAAUAUCAUCGCUUCCUUCUCUUGUUGUUGUUGUCGAGAAAAGUUGGGAGAGAGAGAGAAAGAGAAAGAGAAAGAGAAAGAGAGAGAGAGAGAGAGAUGAGAUGAUGUCGCCACGCCCAUAGCCGAUAUCAUUGUGUGAAGGACAGUUUACAGCAGUUUAUAUUGUCGCCUUUUUUCGUAAUGUGUUGGUAUUCUUCGAUUCGGUCGGCCAAUUUGGCGCCAAUUCACUUCUUCUAAACAGCGAUGACAGGUCACAAGUGAUACGGGUUACUGUAGUUGAGUUGACUAGAACUAGAUCGAUUUUUGAUCUAAAAGAUACACAGCCACAAGAAAACAAAUGGUGACUCAUCGGUAUCCGAUUCUAUCCAUCUCUCUCUCUCUUUUCUUCUCUCAUGUUUUCUUCUUCCUCUUCCUCUUCUUCUUCUUCUUCUUCUUCUCAAAACGAUUAAAAAAACACAUUCUCUCUGCUCUCUCCGCCUCGUUUAAAACGCGGAAAAUGGAGCUGUCGCAUUCGUUCUCGUUUUCCAUUUCCUUCCAAUUUCCGGCGCUUCUCGUAAAAAAAUCCUCGAAAAUUGAGUGAGGAAGAAAAAAAGCUAAUUGAAAUGGGCGUAAUUGCAUUUUCGUGCUUCUUCUCUUUGCCAUUCUUCGAAAAUUGGAACUUUGAGAACUCCUAUGGUCCUCGGGGGAUCUACCGUAACCCUUCCAACCCUUCCUUUGCCAACCGACAACUUUUCAGGAGACUCAACCAGAGCAAUCGCCCAAAAAGCCGAGAACUCUCGCCGAAAUGUCGCACGAGUCCGCAUUCGUAAGUUAUCAUCUCAAUUCGUUACGAAACCUGAUAUUGUACAUCCUUUUCUGUCGACACUUUCUCAAUUUUAAUUGGCUUCGCAUCGUGCCCCUCCUCAUAAAAUCCGCCGUCGAAAAACUGAAGGCAACAAAUUCUUGUUUGUUGGGGAGGGGGGGGACUGGCGGGGCGCCGUGAAAUGAAACCUCUCAAGGUCACCAACCACAACAAAAUGAUAUGUACACAUACACACACACACGCGUACAUACACGUACAUACAAACAGAUAAUAUCUACAAACAAGUGACUAGUGAUCUCUUUUUCAGCCAGUUCCAUACCGUAGCAAGCUUGUCGAGCCGUUCGAGCCCGGACAGACGCUCAUUGUGAAGGGAAAGACUGGAGAGGAUUCGAUCCGGUAGGCCUUCAGAAUGCCACGUCAUCAUAAUCUGGACGAAAACACGUUUCAGCUUCACCGUCAACCUUCACAGCAACACUGCUGACUUCUCCGGAAACGAUGUGCCGCUCCACAUCUCGGUCCGUUUCGACGAGGGAAAACUCGUCUUCAACACGUUCGCCAAGGGAGAGUGGGGCAAGGAAGAGCGCAAGUCGAACCCGUACAAGAAGGGCGACGACAUCGACAUCCGCAUCCGCGCCCACGACUCCAAGUUCCAAAUCUUCGUCGACCAGAAGGAGGUGAAGGAGUACGAACACCGCGUGCCACUCUCCUCCAUCACCCACUUCACCAUCGACGGAGACGUCCUCGUCAACUACAUUCACUGGGGAGGAAAGUACUAUGUAAGCGGGCGCCACGGGUAGAUUCGGGACAAUCCGUGUCAUUUCAGCCAGUCCCAUACGAGAGCGGACUUGCCGGAGAGGGACUUGCUCCAGGCAAGACUCUCACCGUCUUCGGAAUUCCGGAGAAGAAGGCCAAGCGCUUCCACAUCAACCUACUCAAGAAGAACGGAGACAUCGCUCUCCACUUGAACGCUCGUUUUGAUGAGAAGGUACGGUAGAAGACGGGGAACGGGCGGCCAAAUGAUUCCCGAUGUUUCAGCACGUCGUGCGCAACUCGCUCAUCAACUCCGCUUGGGGAAAUGAGGAGCGUGAGGGCAAGCUUCCGUUCGAGAAGGCCGUCGGAUUCGAUCUGGAGAUCCACAACGAGCCGUACGCUUUCUCGGUUCGUCCCCACUAUUGUCUCCCUUUAAAUUCCAUUCCUUUCAGAUCAGCGUGAACGGCGAGCGCUUCGCCUCGUACGCGCACCGUCUGAGCCCGGACGAGAUCAACGGACUCCAGAUCGGAGGAGACGUCGAGAUCAGCGGAAUCCAGAUCGCCUAA